ACGUCAGCUACUUGACGACCAUUGGACGCCCCGGAAGGUCACCGCGUGAAGGAGGCGGCGGCGGCGGCGGCGGCAGGAGCGGGCGUAGUACCGGCACCGGCGGCGCUGCCAGCAGCGACCGGGGAGGAGUGAGGCAUCGCGGUCAGGGGCCGCGCGGUAACGCGGACUAACGGCCGCCGGAAGGGCCCCGGCCUGAAGCGGAGACCUCGGGCAGCGGACGAAAAGGAAGGAGCAGGGCCAUGGACGGCAGCGGAGGCAACAGCAACAGGAGCACGGGAGGCCUAGCGGGGUUUUUCGGCGGGAGCGGCGCCGGGAUGAGCUACUCGAACGCAGACCUGGCCGGAGUCCCCCUUACUGGUAUGAGUCCUCUGUCUCCGUAUUUAAAUGUGGAUCCCAGAUAUCUUAUACAGGACACAGAUGAAUUUAUUUUACCCACUGGAGCCAAUAAAACACGGGGCAGGUUUGAAUUGGCAUUUUUUACCAUUGGAGGAUGCUGUAUAACAGGAGCUGCAUUUGGAGCAGUGAAUGGUUUGAGGCUGGGAUUGAAGGAAACACGAAAGAUGGCCUGGUCCAAGCCAAGAAAUGUACAGAUUUUGAAUAUGGUAACCAGACAAGGGGCACUAUGGGCUAACACUUUGGGCUCUCUGGCUCUCCUCUAUAGUGCAUUUGGUGUUGUCAUAGAAAAGACACGAGGUGCUGAAGAUGACAUCAAUACAGUAGCAGCUGGAACCAUGACGGGAAUGUUGUAUAAAUGUACAGGUGGGCUUCGUGGAGUAGCAAGAGGUGGUCUCACAGGGUUAACCCUCACUACCCUGUAUGCAUUGUAUAACAACUGGGAGCACAUGAAAGGUUCCAUGACACAACAGUCACUUUAGAGCUUGUAUUGAGAAAGAACUGAAUGCAUAGAGGACACAUCAAAAAGUUCUCCAGGUUGAUUUGGAAAAUCGAUUUGGGGUAAUAAUUCUGAUCUACCUACAUUUAGUAUGAAAAAAAUAACAGGAUCUUUUGUACUGUCGUGAAGAUCACUGACACAGUUUACCAGGACUGGCACUUCUUCCAGCCAGUAGUGUUGGAGCCAAAAGCAUCUGAUGCCUCAUUAAGUGAGUAGCACAGUCAUCAUUUCUCUCCUUUGAGAACUUUCUGCUGCAUGUCCACUCUCCACUGCUCCCCUGAACUUUUGAAAUAAGGCUUUUUCCCAGAUUCAGGUCAUGUAAUUGUCAACACCAUACCACCAGGUUUAUUCAUUUAAUGAUUGAUUGUGAACUAUAAUACACUGCUUUAUUCCCAAUAAAGAGUGUUCCUAGAACCAAAAGCCAUAAUUAAGAUGCAUACCAUUUUUAAAGCGUCUGUCAUGAGCUAGGUUCAGUAAGUAGUUUAAGAAAAAAAAUAAAAUUAUAUUGGGGUUUUGUAGUUAAUGUUUCAUUGGUUCAUGUUGUGAUGUGUGGGACCAUUUAUCAAAAUAUCUUUCCUCCUAGGAGUUUCUUGAAGAGUAGUACUACAUUGCUCUUUUUGGAGUGAAUUUGUAUAAUCUUAAUUAGCAUUUGCAAAUGACUAAAUUCCUAUACCACAAGGUAAUACAGAUACACAAGACAGCUAUGAUGAUUAUGCUUUUAAUGGGGAUCAUCAGCAAUUGUAUAAAAUGCUUUGCUGCAAACAAUGUUUUACAGACUCAAUAGUAUAUUGUCAAGAGAAGAAUAAAUGGGUAACAGAGUAAAGUCUACAAAGUUUCUAAGAGCCUAAAAUGUGAAGUUACUUUAAAGCCUAAAAUGUGAAGUUACUUUAAAGGAUGUAGAAUCAGCUGCAAAUAGCUAUCAUUUGUUCUAAAUAAGGUUAAGUAGAGUCUGAGUAGGACUAUAAGAUUUGUAGAGCUACUGUUACAAAUUUAGACAUAAAAUAAAAUUAUUUUCAGUGGAAUGGUCCUGGAGAACUCUCUAGCAGCUCUAGAAGUCCCCUAACCCAGGCCAGAUACAAUUUCAAGCUUAAG